GUUUGUCGCUGGGGGGCGACGUCGGCAUAGCUUUACUUACAUUGUAAACACUGCGGGAGAAAACCUUCCUGUACAAUGUUUUAACAGUCGCUCGCUAGGUGGACUGAGUUAAAAUAAAACUUGGAUCCGUUUUGAUCGCAUAAUCCGGGAAACUGGAACUAAACCCGGGUCUGAGGACGGGGAGCUGCACUAACCCAGCAUCCAUCGCAACAAUGCUAACGUUGCCAUCGUUAGUCAUGUCCAUACCAGGAUUUGGGGUUUUGUAAAGGAGCUGGGUGUCGCUGUCAUCUUACGGUCCUGAAACUUAACACUUGAUUUGACUGAUGCAAAUGUCAAUAGGAAGAGAGACAAGCCUUUAUUUGACAGAAAACACCCUGCUGGCGCAUUAGCUGGUCGGCUAACAUCUGCUGUUAUUGUUUCCCAGCAGUGGAAGUGACGCUUAGAAGAUUUCAUUGCUGUUGCCUCACGGGGUGGAGUUUUUAUUAGUUUUUGCCACUCAUGCUGGACUAGGUCUAAGUAUAUCGUGUGCCACUUCGAGAAAACGGUUCGAGACAACAAAAUGUUUUUCAGGAGCUGCUGGAAAUCUCGUCAUAAAAACAAACAUGGACCUGUCAGUUCUUGGAUCCGACCCGGAUUGGCUGCUGUCCUCUGCUUUUACGUGACCCAGUUAGCCUACAGCAGCGGGGCUGUGGUGGAGACAAAAAAUGUGAUCCAGAAAGAAGCAGAGUUUGAUGUGACCUACAAUGACACGGUUACCAGUGAAAAUCAGACCAUUUAUGCUUUUAAUCACACUAUCUCCAGGAAUAUGACGGAUGGAGUUCGCGUGUCCGUGGAUGUGCUGUGGCAGGGUUCGGAGAGUCCUACUCUGUUUGUGAUACGACAGAAACAAGCUGUGCUGUCUUUCCAAGUCCCUCUGAUCCUCAGAGGAUUGUACCAGAGGAAGUACCCUUACACUCAUGUGGGCCGAACACUGUGUCAGCCACCGACUCGGGCGCUCUCGGAAACCCAGUUUUUUUUUAUGGACGUAUCUACUCUGUCUAGUCAGGGUACAAACUACCAGCUUAGGGUUAGCCGAGUUGAAAGCUUCACCCUUGAGACAGACAAAAAAUUCAGCUUCACUGCAUCACCCUCCCAACCCCAGUACUUCAAGUAUGUGUUUCCAGAAGGUGUGGAUACUGUGAUAGUCAAGGUCAACUCUAACAUGACUUUCCCUUGCUCUGUGAUGUCCAUCCAGGAUAUCCAGUGCCCUGUCUAUGACCUUGACAACAAUGUGGCCUUUACUGGGAUGUACCAAACUAUGACCAAAAAAGGUGCCAUCACUGUGCAGAGAAAAGAAUUUCCUAGCAACAGUUUCUAUGUGGUAGUGGUAGUAAAAACAGAGGAUGAAGCAUGUGGCGGUCCACUCCGUUUUUACCCUCUGCAGCCCGAUGAGCUGAUUGAUGCCGGGAACCGCAGCAAGAUCCUGGAUGUGGUGGUUUCCCCGGCCAUCAGCUUUCAAGUGUAUGCGAUGGGAAUGUUGUUCUGUCUUGGAAUCUUCCUUUCCUUCUACCUAAUCACUUUACUGGUGGCCUGCGUGGAGAAUAAGCGAAGUAAAAAGAAAAGAGAUGAGUUCCAGAAGCCAGCUGACAUGUCGCCUGCAGAGACAGCCUCUCUGCUCGGGAAGAACGGAGAUGGGAAAACUCCGGUGUCACCGUAUGAAUAUGGCUCCUUUGCAGACAACGGCAGCACACUGAGCUCUGAGGCUAUCACCGACAGCGCCACCUCCACCGAUAACAACUAUGGAUAUUUGGGGCAGGACUUCUUUAAACGCAGACCAAUCGUCAGUCACCUUCACCACAUAGCCAUCCGUAUUGAACGAUCACUGGACAGCAUGGGGCGAAGCAGGCAGGAGUCUCUGAGCUCAGUGGAGGAGGACGACUACGACACGCUGGACGACAUCGACUCAGACAAAAACAUAGUCCGAACCAAGAAAUUUCUGUGCGUGUCCGAUCUUGCCCGCAAAGACAAAAGAGUCCUGAGUAAGAAAUAUCAAAUUUACUUCUGGAACAUCGCUACCAUUGCUGUGUUCUACGCACUGCCAGUGGUCCAGUUGGUCAUCACCUAUCAAACGGUGGUCAAUGUCACAGGGAACCAGGAUAUCUGCUUUUACAACUUCCUGUGCGCCCACCCCCUGGGAGCACUCAGUGCUUUCAACAACAUCCUCAGUAAUCUUGGUUACGUGAUGCUGGGACUCCUAUUUCUACUCAUUGUCCUCAGGAGAGACAUUGUCCACAACCGAGCUCUGGUCCGCAACGAACUUAAUGCUGUGGAAUGUGGUAUUCCAAAGCACUUUGGUCUGUUCUAUGCCAUGGGAGCCGCUCUAAUGAUGGAAGGUUUACUCAGCGCCUGUUACCACGUCUGUCCAAACUACACCAACUUCCAAUUCGACACAUCGUUCAUGUACAUGAUUGCUGGGCUGUGUAUGCUGAAGCUGUACCAGAAGAGACACCCUGACAUCAAUGCCAGUGCUUACACUGCCUACGCCUGCCUGGCUGCAGUCAUCUUCUUCUCCGUGCUGGGCGUGGUGUUUGGAAAAGGAAACAUGGUCUUCUGGAUCGUUUUCUCAGUCAUCCAUAUUCUGGCCACUCUCCUCCUCAGCACACAGCUUUACUACAUGGGAAGAUGGAGAUUUGACUCUGGUGUGCUGCGCAGGAUACUGAACGUCAUCUACACAGACUGUAUCAGACAGUGCAGUGGACCCAUGUAUGUGGAUCGGAUGGUUCUGCUCGUGAUGGGAAACAUAGUGAACUGGUCACUCGCUGCCUACGGCCUCAUAGAGAGACCCAACGACUUUGCCUCCUACUUGUUGGCCAUCGCCAUCUGCAACCUGCUACUGUACUGCGCCUUUUACAUCAUCAUGAAGCUGCGGAGUGGAGAAAGAAUCCAGUGUCUCCCGUUGGUGUUUAUCCUCCUCACCGCAGUGGUUUGGGGAUUUGCACUGUUCUUCUUUUUCCAGGGACUCAGUACCUGGCAGAAAACACCGGCAGAGUCUCGUGAGCACAACAGGGACUGUAUCUUGCUGUUCUUUUUUGACGACCAUGACAUUUGGCACUUCCUCUCUUCCAUCGCCUUGUUUGGAUCCUUCCUGGUAGGUUGUGUCUUCUGA